UUUCCAAGAAGCCCUGCCUUUAAUACUCUAUUUGAGGGCAAAGAAUUCUAUUCAAAACAACCUAUAAGACUAAAAUACAUGCACAAAUGUUAAUUUUUGGUUUUCCAAGGCAUACAAGCAGUGAAGUUCUCCUAUUAUCUAACUGACUAAGCUAUCUAGUCACCCCAAACUUCCACAGCAAGAUGCCCACAUCUCUCACUCUCCUUUUGGGAAUAGAAAGUAGGCCUACGUCAAAACUACCUGAUCUUAAAUGUCAGUAUUUUCUUUGCUAACCCAUGGUUCCUACUAUUUAGGCCUCAUGGAGCCAGAAGCAUUAGAAAUAUGUCCUUAUGACCCAAACCACAGGAUGCCAGCCAGCAGGUUACAGUACCACCUGGCAUCCUGUAGAAAGAAAAAUCCGAAGAUAGCUAAAAAGAUGGCUAACUGCAAAUAUAAUGCUUGCCAUGUGGUCCCAAUCAAAAGGCUCAAGGAACACGAGGCUAACUGUGUCAACAGAACUGCUGUAGAUGAUGAUAACACACAUCAUUCUCCUUCAUUUGUUCUUAAGACAUUUGCUCCAAAAAUGCUGGUCUGUGAAAGUGACUCAAGAGACAUAAAAAAAGAGACUACAGAUGACAAACACCCUAACAACUCUAAGUCCUGGGGGAAAGGUCAGAAAAACUGAUGGAGAAGCUGUGGAUUAAAGAACCAGC